AUGAAAAGUUAAUUAUAAAGAAGUUCUUAUGGAGAAUUAUCAUCUAUUCGUUCCUACCCCACUGAGAAAUUAAAUACUCAAUCUGAUAGUGAAUUGGUUGAAGUUGAUAUGGAGAAACUAAAUUUUCAUUCAUAUUACUUAGCCUCUGAUCCAAUUCAAUAAUAAACAAAUUAAGUGGAAGGGGAACUUUAUAUAAGAGAUUUCAUUAAAAAGGUAAUUGCCAUAGUCUCAAAAAAAAUAACUGAAAAUGAGCAAAUCAAAAUGUUACCAAUAAUAGGUUAUUAAUCUUCAAUUGAUAGAAUGUCACAUCCAAUUCAAUAAUACUUUAGACAACAUGAAGAUUUUACAAUUGAUUAAUUGACUGGUGGAUUAGAAGAAGAUGAAGAACCUGUAUUCAAACUUUCUUAUUGAUAGGUUAGAUUUAAACAGGAGUAAUGGUUAGUAUAAAAAGUUAAUUCAAUGCCUGCAAAGAUAUUAGAAGUAGAAUAACAAAGCACAAAUUCUAAUCGUCAAUCUUUAACUGCAUAAACAUUUAUGAGAUCAAGAGUCUUAAUUUAAGUAUUUGAAACUUAUUUCUAAAUUUUAGGAUUAAGCAUAAUUCAAUAAUUAAAAAAAUGUAAGAGAAAAAGAAAAAUUACCUGGAAUUGUUGAUCUAAAUGAUCCAUUGGAUAUAAGUAUAACUGAAGAACUAUUAAGAGCAUAAAAGGAAAGAGAUUAUAAGAUUAAAUAAGAUUUGAAAGAAUAAGAAAGAAAGAGAAAAUAAAAAGAAUAGGAAGAAUAAUAAUUAAAAUAUGAAUUGAUAUCUAAAGAUAAAAAAUCUAAAUUGUAUACUUAUGAUUAUGAUGGAAAAUUGAUUUCAGUUAUAACAUUGAAAGGUCAUAAAUUUCCACCUACUGCUGCAACAUUAGGGUAUUUAAAUUUUAAAUUGAGAGAUCCAAAUUUGAAGAUGGCCAAACUAAAAUAAAUAUGUUCAAUAAGAGAAGAUCCUAAUUUUAAAAUUCAGGUUCUCAAAUUAGAAAAAAACAAGAAGAUGACAAAGAAAAAGAUCCUAAAGAAUAAAUUAAAUUUUAAUCAUUUGCACCUCUUGUUAAUGAAAAUAUGCAUUUACAAUCAGGAGUUCUUAUUAUUUAAGAAGGUAGAGUUAGAGAAGGACCAAAAGAUUAACCAAUAAGUCUAGAAAAAAUGAAUGAUCCUGCUUUAAGAAUGGUUAGAAAUGAAUAUUUAUCAUUGACUUAAUAAAUCAAUGCUUCUCAUAAUUAAUCAUCAGCUUAAUUAGUCAAAGCAGAAGAUGCUUAAGUUAAAGACUUUACAAAUGAACAUGAUAAAAAAUAAAUUCUAAAUAGAAUUCGUAGAUUAAGUUAACCAAAUAUUACAAGUGAUGGGAAUAUAAAGUAAAUAUAUAUAUUAAAUUAUUCAAUAGGAUUAACUCGAUGUAAAUUUAUGAAUAAGUUGCCUAAGUUAUUUUCGAUGAUAAAGAAUAACAUUCUAUUCCAAUUAUGAAACCAAAUAAUAAUAUUACAAAAGAUACUAGAAUAAUGAAAUCUCCAACUGAUCAAUAUAAUAUUUCACUCUAUAAAAAUACAGCUUGGGGAAAAGAAGUUCCUUCAAGUUAAGGUAUUACUACAAAACUGAAAGGCAACAAAGCCAGCGCUAAGUAAUAUAUUUAUUAUGUACAAUAGAGAUAUCUUAUCAACUGUUGGUAUAGUCGUAAAAAGAACUAGAGAAAGAAGAGGUAAUUCAGAAACUACACAUUUACCAAAAAUGAAAAAUAUUUCUCAAAUUUGA